AUGGCUCAAGUAAUCUUAGUACCAGUACAACAAUGGGCAUGGGUGAUACGAACACCACAAUGGGUAUGGACAUAUCCAGAAACAACAACUGAUGAAGUUUUACGUAUAGAACGAACAAUAGAACGAGGUUUUACUCAUUUAUCAAAUUUAAUCAGUCUUCAUUAUUAUAGUUCAAUGACAAACUAUGAUUUCACUCAAAUCAUCAAACCAAAUCAAUACGCAUGCUUUUUAAAUGUUCAUAUAGAACAGACACGAAUAAUUGUUUGGAAAUAA